AAUAAGCUAAACUCACAGAGAAUCCACAAUCCUCAGUCUUUCCUGUCAUCAAAAUCGCACCAAAUGUUCGUUUGAUCCGCCGUUUGUGCUUUCUCUCGCCGGAAAUCCGAACAAUGGGAGCUCGUUGUUCCAAGUUCUCCACCUGCUGGUUUCAGUCUCAUCUCAAGGCCUCCGUUCUUGAAUCCUCCGAUCUCGAGAAUGGGGGCAAAAAUGAGCAAGAGAAAUGGCCGAGUUUCGCUGAGUUUAGCUUGGACCAAUUGAGAGCUGCCACGUCUGCGUUCUCCUCCGAUAACGUAGUCUCGGAGCACGGUGAAAAAGCUCCUAACGUCGUUUACAAGGGGAAGCUCGACGACGACCGUUGGAUCGCCGUUAAGCGUUUCAACAAGUUCGCCUGGCCCGAUGCUCGCCAAUUCCUCGAGGAGGCGAGGGCGGUCGGGAACCUGAGGAGCGAGCGUUUGGCGAAUCUGAUUGGAUGUUGCUGUGAAGGUGACGAGAGGUUGCUCGUCGCUGAGUUUAUGCCCAAUGAGACCCUUGCAAAGCAUCUCUUCCACUGGGAGAGACAGCCCAUGAAAUGGGCAAUGAGAUUGAGGGUGGCAUUGUACUUGGCGCAAGCUCUGGAGUAUUGCAGCAGCAACGGGAGGGGGCUGUACCACGAUCUCAAUGCUUACAGGAUCUUGUUCGAUCAGGAUGCUAAUCCCAGGCUUUCUUGCUUUGGACUCAUGAAGAAUAGCAGAGAUGGAAAGAGUUAUAGUACGAACCUAGCAUUCACACCUCCAGAAUACUUGAGAACAGGUAGAGUGACAGCAGAAAGUGUAGUGUACAGUUUCGGAACCUUGCUGCUUGAUCUUAUGAGUGGCAAACAUAUUCCUCCAAGCCAUGCACUUGACUUGAUUCGUGGCAAAAAUUUCCUUAUGUUGAUGGAUUCUGCUUUGGAGGGCCAUUUCUCCAAUGAUGAUGGAACUGAGUUAGUGCGGUUAGCUACCCGCUGUUUGCAGUAUGAAGCUCGUGAGAGGCCAAAUGCAAAGUCUCUUGUCACAUCUCUAUUGUCACUUCAGAAGGAUGCAGAGGUUCCAUCAUACGUUUUGAUGGGUAUUCCACAUGAAACAACGUCUUCAACACAGCCAUUGUCAUUAACUCCCUUUGGAGAGGCUUGCUUGAGGUUGGAUCUCACAGCUAUUCAUGAAAUAUUGGAAAAGAAUGGAUACAAGGAUGAUGAAGGGAUUGCAAAUGAGCUCUCUUUUCAAAUGUGGACCAGUCAAAUGCAGGAAACCCUGAAUUCUAAGAAGCAUGGUGAUACUGCUUUCCGAGCCAAGGAUUUUUCCACUGCCAUUGAUUGCUACACACAGUUCAUUGAAGGAGGGACCAUGGUGUCACCAACUGUCUAUGCUAGACGUUGCUUGUCUUACUUGAUGACUGAUAUGCCACAAGAAGCUCUUGGGGAUGCCAUGCAGGCGCAGGUAGUCUCUCCUGAGUGGCCUACAGCUUUAUAUCUUCAAGCAGCUUGCCUAUUUAGCCUAGGAAUGGAGAAUGAUGCCCAGGAAACACUGAAAGAUGGCACCAACUUAGAAGCCAAAAGGAACAAAAAUUGAAAACAUGUAUAGGUUUUCUCCUAUUGUUUUUCCUCCUCUUGUAUUAAAUUCCCUUCUUUUUCCAUAUCAUUUGGUUUUUCUCCUUUUAAGGGUGGUUUCUGAGAAUUGCGGUAUUUUUGUUGAUAG